UCUUUUUUGAUUUUAAUAAACCCUCCUCUCUUCAUCCCUACCUUUAAAUUGUCUUGUCAUGAUGCGUGUCUUCGGUUCCAUGUAAACCAACUUGUCAUUCCGCCUCACAUUUCUAGUCCCCCGGUUUCACCCCCCGAUGAGCGGCGCGGUGCGUUCCUCCUUUCCCCCUCUGUGGCUCAGCCGUCUCCAGUCUGCCAGAGGAUAGCAGUCGUGCUCCCAGUGGAAGAUGGCGGUGGGGAUGCUGUCUGGGGCUGGAGCAGAGCACUGGAUUUGCACAAGAAGCGAACCCGGGUGGAUAUAAAGGAAAAAAUGAACAUAUUUCCAUCUCUUCUCCUCGAGGUCUGGACUCUUUUGGGGUUGUUUAAGUAGAGUCUGCUGCCGUUUUUCCGGCAGAAAUCCGGGCUUCUCGUCGGGGAUUCACAGACUAUACACUGAUAGCUCGGCGCAUAGACAGGGUGGGAGUGAAAAGUGGACGAAAAUGUCGGAUACAAAGGUAAAAGUUGCAGUGAGAGUUCGGCCCAUGAACCGCAGGGAAAUUGAACUGAACACAAAAUGUGUCGUGGAUAUGGAGGACAACCAAACAGUUCUUCACCCACCACCCUCAAAUGCAAAAGGAGAGAACAGGAAACAACCUAAGGUGUUCGCUUUUGACCACUGUUUCUGGUCCAUGGAUGAGUCCAACGUUCCCAAAUAUGCUGGUCAAGAGGUGGUGUUCAAGUGCCUUGGAGAGGGAAUACUUGAAAAUGCAUUCCAGGGAUAUAAUGCCUGCAUAUUUGCCUAUGGACAAACAGGUUCAGGCAAGUCCUUUUCCAUGAUGGGGAACGGGGAGCAGCCGGGUUUAAUCCCUCGACUCUGCUGUUCGCUGUUUGAGAGGGUCCACAGGGAGGAAAAUGAGGCUCAUACUUUUAAGGUGGAGGUGUCUUACAUGGAGAUCUACAAUGAGAAGGUCCGCGACCUGCUGGAUCCCAAAGGGAGCCGACAGUCCCUAAAAGUUCGGGAACACAAAGUCCUGGGUCCAUACGUGGAUGGCCUGUCUCAGCUGGCUGUGACCAGCUUUGAGGACAUCGAGGUUUUAAUGUCGGAGGGGAACAAGUCUCGCACAGUUGCAGCCACCAACAUGAACGAGGAGAGCAGUCGUUCACAUGCUGUCUUCAGCAUCAUUGUCACACAAACACUUUAUGAUCUACAGUCCGGGAAUUCAGGAGAGAAAGUGAGCAAGCUGAGUCUGGUUGACCUGGCAGGAAGUGAGCGAGUCUCCAAGACCGGAGCUGCUGGGGAGAGACUCAAAGAGGGCAGUAAUAUAAACAAAUCUCUCACCACAUUAGGCUGUGUGAUUUCUGCUCUGGCUGAUCAGUCUGCAGGAAAGGGGAAGGCCAAGUUUGUGCCUUACAGAGACUCAGUCCUCACCUGGCUACUGAAGGACAACCUGGGCGGCAACAGCAAGACAGCCAUGAUCGCCACAGUGAGUCCAGCGGCUGACAACUACGAGGAGACUCUGUCCACGCUACGCUAUGCUGACAGGGCCAAGAGAAUCGUCAACCACGCCGUGGUGAAUGAAGACCCCAACGCUCGGAUCAUCAGAGAGCUCAGGGAGGAGGUGGAGAAGCUCAAAGUUCAGCUCUCGCAGGCCGAGUCCAUGAAGGCUCCUGAACUGAAGGAGAAACUGCAUGAGUCUGAGAAACUCAUCCAGGAGAUGACUGUCACCUGGGAGGAGAAACUAAGGAAGACGGAGGAGAUUGCCACUGAGCGUCAGAAACAGUUGGAGAGCAUGGGCAUCUCUUUGGAAACAUCUGGGAUUAAAGUGGGUGAAGACAAGUGUUUCCUCGUCAAUCUAAAUGCUGAUCCUGCCCUAAAUGAGCUACUGGUCUACUACCUGAAGGAGCACACACGUGUGGGCGCAGACACGUCUCAGGACAUCCAGCUCUUUGGGAUCGGGAUCCAGCCGGAGCACUGCGUCCUGGAGCUCUGCCCAGAUGGUGACAUCACCCUAACGCCCAUAGGGAAUGCCAGGACCUGUGUGAACGGAACAAUGAUUGAUUCCUUGGUGCACUUGUGGCAUGGGGACCGUAUCUUAUGGGGCAACAACCACUUCUUCAGGAUCAAUCUGCCCAACCGAAAGCGGCGGGACCGGUUGAAGGAGCUGGAGAGAGCGUCUCCCAGAGAAAGCUACAUCGAGGCAGAUGUGGAGACCGCCAGCGAGGCGUCUUCUGAGCAGGACUACAGCUAUGAGUUUGCCCAGAUGGAGGUCAUAAUGAAGACACUUGGGAACAACGACCCCAUGCAGAAUGUGGUCCAAGUGCUGGAGAAGCAGUACCUGGAGGAGAAGCAGACGGCCCUGGAGGAGCAGAGGAUGAUGUAUGAGCGAGAGCUGGAGUCGCUCCGGCAACAGCUGUCUCCUGAGAAAACGCCGCAGCACCACCGCAGCAGCAGUGACCGCCUUACGUUCCCGACACACACACCACACAGCAAGCUGCGACUGUGGACGGAAGAGCGAGAUGAGCUUUUUCGUCAGAGCCUGUCUCGACUCAGGGAGCAGGUCGUGAAAGCCAACACCUUGGUGCGAGAAUCCAACUUUUUGGCUGAGGAGAUGAACAAACUGACUGACUAUCAGGUCACCCUUCAGAUUCCCGCAGCCAACCUCAGCGCCAACCGCAAGCGUGGAGCCAUAGUGAGCGAGCCGGCCAUCCAGGUGCGGAGGAAAGGGAAAGGCACCCAAGUGUGGACCAUAGAAAAGCUGGAGAACAAACUGGUGGACAUGAGAGACCACUACAGGGACUGGAAGGAAGGCACAGAGGAGGUGCAUAACAAAGCAAACAGUAAGCACUGUGAUCCAUUCUAUGAAGCGCAAGAGAACCACAACCUGAUAGGAGUGGCCAACAUUUUUCUGGAGUGCCUUUUCCAAGAUGUUAGACUGCAAUAUGCUGUCCCCAUCAUCAGCCAGCAGGGAGAGGUUGCAGGCAGGUUGCACAUUGAGCUGAUGCGAGUCAGCGGUGCUGUACCAGAGCGCCUGUCCGGGGGAGAUGACUCAUCAGAAAACUCCAGUGAGAGUAGCUGCUACGAGGUUAUGGACACCAACGGGGAGAUUGUCCACAUGUCCAAGAGGCUCACCUGCAGGGUGCGGAUCAGGGAGGCCACAGGUCUGCCGCUCAACUUGUCCAACUUCGUCUUCUGUCAGUACACCUUCUGGGAGCACGGCGAGCCCACUGUGGCUCCUCCCAUGGUCAGCCCAGACAGACCCUCUCCUCGAAGCCCAGAUGCCCAGUUCACUGUCCAGUUUGAUCACUGCAAGGACUAUGUUGUGCACGUGUCGGAUGAGUUCUUAGAGUUUAUAUCCGACGGAGCAUUGGCCAUAGAGGUUUGGGGUCACCGCUGCGCUGGGAAUGGACGAUCACUCUGGGAGUUAGACGCACUUGAGGCCAAGACCCAGACUCUCCGAGACAGGUGGAGUGAGGUGUCUCGCAGGAUCGAGCUCUGGCUCUCCAUCCAGGAGCUGAAUGAGCAGGGAGAGUACUCAUCUGUGGAGCUGCACUCUGGAAAAGACAUCAGCACAGGGGGAGUCUUCCAACUCCGACAGGGUCACUCCAGGAGGCUGCAGGUGUGUGUGAAACCAGUCCAGAACUCAGGCACGCUGCCUCUGCUGGUGGAGGCUGUGCUGUCCGUCUCUAUCGGCUGUGUGUCAGCUCGCUCCACCAAACUACAGAGACCGCUCGACAGCUACCAGAGAGAGGCGGAAGAGGAUAUGGAUAGUUAUCAGGAAGAAGAUCUCAACUGUGUUAGAGAGCGCUGGUCAGAAGCCCUGAUCAAACGCCGGGAGUACCUUGACGAACAAAUCAAGAAAAUCAUCAACAAACACGAAAAGUCAGAGGAGGACAUUGAGCGUGAGGCUCGGCUGGUGGAGCAGUGGGUUGGCCUGACAGAAGAGAGAAAUGCAGUGCUGGUACCUGCACCUGGCAGUGGCAUUCCUGGAGCUCCUGCAGACUGGACCCCACCUACAGGAAUGGAAGCUCACAUCCCUGUACUCUUCCUGGAUUUGAAUGCGGAUAAUCUGACAGUGAAUGAGCAGCUGACCGGCCCACAUGCCGCAGGCGUUAACUCUAUCCUGCCUAAGGAGCAUGGAAGCCAGUUCUUCUAUCUGCCCAUCAUCAGGCACAGUGUUGAGGAGGUGUCUGCUGUGUGCUCCUGGGACUCAUCCAUCCAUGAUUCUGUGCACCUCAACCGGGUCACGUCUCCUAACGAACGCAUCUACCUGAUCAUCAAAGCCACGGUGCAGCUCAGCCACCCUGCCUCCAUGGAGCUGGUGCUCCGCAAGAGGAUCGCUGUCAACAUCUAUAACAAACAGAGUUUCACUCAGAGUCUCAAGAGAAGAAUGUCUCUAAAGAACACACUUUACUCCUGUGGGGUGACUUAUGAGAUCGUGUCCAACAUACCAAAGGCCUCAGAAGAGCCAGAGGAGAGGGAAACCUUGGCCCUCAUGGCUGCUCGCGGUGACAGCGAGGAGACUCAGGAUGGAGAAACCUACAUAGAGAAAUACACACGGGGAGUUCUAGAAGUAGAGAACAUCCUCAGUCUAGAGAGGCUACGGCAGGCUGUGACAGUGAAGGAAGCGCUCGCUGCUAAGGGAAGACACCUAAGAAGGAGUAUCAGCACACCAAAUGUACAGCAUUCUUCAUGUAGUAAAAUAGACCUGACAGUUUGCGAGGAUGAAGACUGUAAGGACCACUGUGAUCAUGUGGACAGCUCCAACUGCAAUCCCCAGGAUGGCUCCCUUUGCAGCACACCCAUCAAAAGCAAAGAGAACCAAGGUUUGGUUCCAGAGAGCCCUAACUUUUUCAACUCCAGCCCCUUCAAAGUCCUCUCCCCUCAGCCACCGAAGUUCCUCAAGUCUCUGCUGCCUGUCAAAGAAGAGAACAAGGCGAAAAAAGCCCUGGAGGCCCGGCCGCUGCUGGGACAAGAGAGCAUGCGCUCAUGUGUGGACAGCCCUGCACUGCUCCCCCCUCCCUGCCCCUGGCGCCGACCCAGGGCAGGCAGCGAGGGCCACUGCAAGCCUUCCACCUCCACCUCCACCCCCACCUCCACCUCCACCUCCACUCCCACCAGCAGACAGCUCAGCCACACACUGCCACACACUGCUCAGGACUCUGAGGACGAGGAGACAGAUGUGGACAUGACUCUGAAUCUCAAUCGGGGCCCUCAGGACCACAGCGGCUUCCAGCCUUAUAUCCCAGAGGACUUUGCAAACUUUGAGAUCUACAACGCCACUCUGGAGAGCCAGGAGGGGUUUCUACCCUCUCGUUCUGACAUGAAGGGAAGCCGGUGCGGAGGCGGGAGCGGAGAGAGAGAGAGAGAGGUGCCACGAAGCCCCACGGCCAGCAGUUGCACCAGUGGCUACUUUUCACACAGUGCCUCCAACGCCACGCUGUCUGACAUGCCUUUCAGUGCCAGUGAGAGCUCUGACCACCUCAGCUGCACCUCCAGAGACACCCAGGACCCCCUCGGCUGUCCCGCUGGGCGAGGCUGCACCCAAACCAAAAGUGUUUCUGCAGGGAGUGACGCCCAACUGCCUCCUCCAUCAGCAGGUGGGCUACAGGAACAACUCACUCACCAUCAGGGCUCCUCAUCUGUCAGUAUUCCUAAUUGCACAGACAAGCAGCCAACAUUCCCUCUGCCUCACAAAUGUGUUCUCAGCACCAGCCAGGAAUUCACUGACUUUAAAGGGGCUGAUGACAGUAUUGGAGAGAGUGAUUUAGGACAUUUUACAGAGGGAUGGGAGCAGGAGGGUUUGGAGCAGAAGAAACCAGAUAAUCUAGAAAAACGUGACACUGGCAAUCAAGACUCCUCUGUCGUCCCUGGAAUUAUCGACACAUCUAAUCCUGAAAAUGCAAUAUGCAAAUGUCCUGACAAUGAAGACUCUGUUAGUGUACCUGUGUCCUGCCCUAACUCAACUGUAGUUUGCACCUCAGUCAGAGCUCCAGUAAGUGCAUCUGACAAAGUCCCAGCUCCAUCUCCAGCCCAAAUAAUUCCCUCUGCAUCAGUCCCACCUCCAGCAUCACCAUCCCUAGUAACCCCUCCAUCUACAGCCCCAUCCUCUGCCCCAGCUCCGCGAGCAGGAGGAGAACCUCCCAUCCAGGAGCCAGCACAAGGAGACCUGCCCCACGGGAGUCCCUGCCCCAGCCCUAACCCCAGCAGUGCGGAGCCCUCGGGGGACUCCAGCGGGGAUGAAAGCACCCCUGUGGCUCAGCUUCCUGACUGGAUGGCCCCCGGGGAACAGGUGUGGGUGGGGAAGAGGAGAGGAACAGUCCACUAUGUUGGAGGGGUAGAGUUUGCUAAAGGCAUCUGGAUUGGUGUGAAGCUGGACAUGGCAGUGGGAAAGCACAACGGGACUGUCCAGGGCAGAGUGUACUUCCGCUGCCCCCCAGGCCACGGUGUGUUUGUCAAGCCAUCUCGUCUCACCAGAGGACCGCCCUCCAUGGACACAGAACCCCAGACUCUGAUCAGAUAGGACCCAAAGAAGGACCAGCUUUCUGAGGGAAAGCAGAGACCUGAGCGUGGUCCUCAGAUCCAGUGCCUAUGGGUGAACUGCGGGAUGACUUCAGUCUCUGAGCUGAUGUAUUCUGUUGGCGUGUCUGCUUUCCUGACACGUACCUGACCUGUGCAUUUAAUGAAGGUAUAUCCUAAUUACUGUUCACUGAAACUUCUCUAUGCACAUAUCUGACUUUUCUAUACGUUGAUAUUUUUGAUAGAGAACUUAACUUUUAACUGGGAGACCAUAUGGAAACAUUACCCACGUACUUUUUCUUAAAUUGGUUUCUGAACAGUAUAUAUAAUAUUUUUUAUAAGACAAUGCAUCCACCCCUGAGGCUCAUAGUGGAGUAAUCUGGGAUAUGAAGAUUAAGAAUGUACUACUGUUAAUAAACAUUGAUAUUUACAUCAAUAUGAUACGUCAGGGGUAACCAAAGAACUACGGUUCCAUAUCUGCUGUUAUGAGUAAUAUGUUAUUUUUCUAAUGUACAUAUGUGGAGGUAUUCACUAUAUAUCUAUGUGUCCAAGUAAAGCUUAGUGCCAUAUCUCUAGGAGUAAUGCCACAUACCCUGAACGGAGGACAAAACUGCAAAACCUGAGUUGCUUUCAGUGUUUGACUGCAGUUAUGACAUUAAAUUAUCCUGUUGAAGUACUGUAACACUGUGGAGGAAAUAAUCCCCAUCCAGCAUGAGACUGUUAAUGUUUGAAUGCUUGCACUGGAAAGGAUUCUUGGAGAGUUCAUCGACUGUCUUCCAUAUUGGACUGAUGAAAUAUUUUCUAACUGAAGUGACUGAAGCAACGUGUGUCAUCACUUUAAUCCGUGGAACAAAGCAGCUAGGCUUUGUAUAUGGCCUGGAUAUACUGAUGCCUUAUUGCCCUGUUCCCACAAAGAAAGGCACAUAAACCCCAGACUACUCAAUGAACUCCAUAACAAGUUCGCUGAGUUAUAAACAAUAACAAUCUGUAUGGACCUGAAACCUGUGUAUGUAUAUCAUGAUGCCCAGAGGCAUUCAAAAUGCCAUCCAGCCUCGUUGAAUGAUUGAUUGAAUACCUUUUUAACUGACUGUUCAUCUGCAUUUUAUAUUUUAACUGACUGAUGUAUAACACUACAUGUCAAAAGGUACUCAAUGAUGCAAUUUUUCACAUGGGCGGUUGGAUGAAUGGGUGCUGGACAGUAUCAGGCGAGGGAAAACGGUGCAAAAGUAGUGUAGUUAUGGAGAGAAGUUGUCCGAUGAACUUAUAUUUUUAUGGACGUGGUGAACUGUGGAACUGACAAGAAAUAGUUAUAUAUUCAAGAAAUUGAAAGAAACCCAAGACCUUACUUUAAAGAAGAGAACAAAGCUGCUCUCCCUGAGAAGGAGUUGUAAAUAGAAAUGUAUUUGAACAUAGUAUUUACACUAUUAUAAUGUACAGAAUUGUAUUUAUAAUGUAUCUCAAACUGUUUUAAUUGGUACAAAAUGUUCUAGAAUAGAACAUUUACAAUCAAA